UGCAGCCGCGGCGGGCUCUCGCGAGAUUUGCCCGCGAGAGUAAACAGUCGCCAUUACUGGAAAGUAAGAAAGAGCUGAAAGUGUGGCGGAGAGUUCGUUCACAUCCGCACAGAAACCAAGCCCGACAAGUCCUAAACUGAAGACCGCGUCUAAGCUUCCCGUUACCUGCUGUCCUCCUUGGCUGGUGUACGGUCACAUGUGAUAUCGCAGUCUGAGUUUAUGAGGGUGGGACAUAACUGCAGAACAAACAGCCCUCCUCUGAAAAAUGAUCAUUGAAAAUCUCGAAGCCUUGAAGACAUGGCUGUCGAAGACUCUUGAACCCAUAUGUGACGCUGACCCUUCUGCUCUUGCUAAAUAUGUGGUUGCUUUAGUGAAGAAAGAUAAAUCGGAGAAGGAGCUGAAAGCACUAUGCAUUGACCAGUUGGAUGUAUUCCUUCAGAAAGAGACGCAGACAUUUGUGGAUAGACUUUUUGAAGCCGUAAAUGCAAAGAGUUACCUACCUCAACCGGAGCAGCCGACUUCUGCAAGCAGAACUGAAACUCACCAGCGCACGGAGAAAGAUGAGACAAAAAGAGAGGAGCAGCCCAGCCGAGACGAAGAUCGAGAAAAGAAAUUCUCCCGGAGAAUAAACCACAGUCCUCCGUCUAGCUCCAGAUACAGCCGAGACAGCAGGAGAGUAGAUGACCGCAAGAAAGAUGACCGCUCCAGGAAGCGAGAGUAUGAGCGUAACCCACCCAGAAGGGACUCGUACAGGGAACGUUAUAACCGCAGGAGAGAACGCAGCCGCAGUUUCAGUCGCAGUCGUAGUCGCAGCUGGAGCAAGGACCGCACUCGUGACCGGGACAGAGACCGAGAGCGGGACAGAGAGCGGGACCGCACCCGAUCACGAUCCCGCUCCAGAAGCAGAGAGCGGGAUUCUGGAAAGCCAAAAUACGAGCACAGUCGUCCAGAACGUCAGGAGGCCGUGACCACCGAUGGCUUCACCCCUACGCCUCUCACACCCGGCAUCCCCUCUACUCAUUUCCCCGUGCCCACCCUCAGUAGCACCAUCACUGUCAUCGCCCCCACCCACCAUGGGAACAGCACCACUGAGAGCUGGUCAGAGUUCCCACAAGACCACACGCCCUUCGGCAGAGGCGGCCCACCGAGGAAACGCUGUCGUGACUAUGAUGAGAAGGGCUUCUGUAUGCGAGGAGACAUGUGCCCUUUUGAUCACGGGAGUGAUCCAGUGGUGGUGGAGGACGUUAAUCUUCCCAGCAUGCUUCCUUUCCAGCCGCCGCCUCUUCCUGGAGUGGAAGGCCCACCUCCUCCGGGCCUGCCGCCCCCCCACUCACUCCUGACUCCACCAGUGAACCUCAGACCACCUGUGCCACCACCGGGCACCAUGCCACCCAGCCUACCCCCUGUAGCAGGUCCUCCGCCUCCUCUUCCUGCUCUUCAGCCCUCUGGUAUGGACGCCCCACCAAACUCCAUCACCAGCUCUGUGCCCACUAUAGUGACGUCAGGUGUCCGGCCCCCGAUCAGCCAGCCUCCGCCUCCCCUGUUCACGUCAGAUUCAUUUGAGCCAGAAGUGUAUAAUCCUGAAGCCCCCAGCAUGACCUCACGGCCCAUGUACAGACACCGAGUCAACGCUCAGCGGCCCAAUCUGAUUGGUCUGACCAUGGGAGAAGUGGAUCUGCCCCCUCGAGAGAAAAUGUCAAACACUAACAGUGCUCGGAUAGUUUUAGAGUCCGACUCCAGGAAGAGAGGAGCAGGACUUCAUGAUGGAGCCAUUCCUGCGAAGAAACCCUGGUUUGACAAACCGAACUUCAACAAACCCAACCACCACGGCUUUCACAGGAAUGUGCCCUACUCUUUAGCAAACACCAAACUGGCCAUCCGUCAGAUUCCUCCUGAACUCAACAACAUCAGCAAACUAAACGAGCACUUCAGCAAGUUUGGCACCAUCGUCAACCUCCAGGUGGCAUAUAAUAAUAACCCAGACGGGGCGCUGAUCCAGUUUGCCUCUCCUGAAGAAGCCAAACGGGCCAUUCAGAGCACAGAGGCAGUGCUCAACAACCGCUUCAUCAGAGUACACUGGCACAGAGAGGACACACACACCACACCACAUCCGGUAUCACAUCAGACAGCCCAGGAGUCUGUGGUCACCACACCGAAACAGUCAGUGAAAGACCGGCUCGGACCCCUGCCCACAGCCCAUCCUGAACCCUCACAUGACCCCGGCGGCGCUGCACAGAAUACAGCCAAGGUUUCAGUGAAGGAGCGUCUGGGCUUCUCUAAACCAGCUGGCUUUGGAGGAAAGGUUUUUUCUACUGGCCUGACUAAGACUGUUUAUAACCCGGCUGCACUGAAAGCUGGCCAGAAGGGAGCGCCAUUUGGGACAACUCUCAUCGCAGAAGAUGCCCUGAAAAGGAAGCAGGAGGCGCUGAAGCUUCAGCAGGACGUUAGGAAAAAGAAGCAGGAGAUUUUGGAAAAGCAUAUUCAGACUCAGAAGCUGCUGAUAUCUAAGCUGGAGAAGAACAAGUCCAUGAAGGCGGAGGAUAAAGCUCAGAUCAUGCUGACCCUCACCACCCUCACCAACAGCAUCACCAAACUACAGGAGGAGAUGAAAGGACUGUCCAGUGCUAAUGCCCUCAGGACCACGCUCAAGAGCAAAGCUCAGGCUCAAAAGGAGCUCCUGGACACAGAGUUGGACCUUUAUAAGAAAAUACAAGCAGGAGAGGACACUGCUGAACUCAAGCUCAAAUACACUCGGCUGCAGUUAGAGGCUGCCAAAAGGGGGCUUCUGACCCCAGGACGUGGGAGGGGGGCCCACGGCAGGGGUCGGGGGGCCCUGAGGAGCCGAGGACGCGGGAUUCGAGGACGCGGAAGAGGAGUCCCAACUCACGCUGUGGUGGAUCAUCGACCCCGAGCUUUAGAGAUCAGCGGUUUCACUGAGGCCGAUCGAGUCGACCUGCUGCCACACUUUGCACAAUACGGGGAGAUUGAAGAUUGCCAGAUGCAGGAUUCAAGUCUUAGUGUCAUCAUAACAUACAAAACCCGUGCGGAGGCUGAACAGGCGGCCAUCCACGGCGUUCGGUUAAAUAAUCAGGAGCUGCGUUUGGCCUGGCACAAGCCCGCGGCUUCCCUCAAUACAGCAGACCCAGACGAGGUUGAACCUGAGGAUGAGGAGUUUCCAGGGGAUUUCCUCGUGGAUGAUUCCCUGCUGCAGGACGAUGAUGAAGAGGAAGAAGAUAAUGAGUCGCGCUCAUGGCGCAGAUGAAGAUGAAGUCGUGUGUCCAGUCCUGCUGCACUGUUACCACUCGAGCGCAUCAGAUCUUGAGUUCUGUGUUUUUGAAAUGGUUGUUUUUAAAAAUAUUGAUUUACAUUUUUAUUUUUUUUUUAUUUUAUUUUACUUAUCAAACCUGAGCAGCAAAUAGAAAACGUUACUCAGAAGGCUGUGAAUUUCAAUUAUUGAGAUGUAGAAUAACAUAAAUGAUUUGGUUUCUCGCUGUCAUCAUUUUCUUUUGUAUCGUGUCAAAACAUUGACUUAACUUUUGGCGGCUGCAAUUUUUUAUUAAUUUUUUUUUUAUGGUCAGUAUGUUGACCCAAAUUUCUUUUCAGCAGUUCUGAAAAUGUUACAGUUUGAGACAAAUGUGGGAAACGUUUCAAAGACAACAGUAGAGUAUUGUUAUAAGUUGUUUGCUUUCCUUAGUAUAAUCAGCCUGAUGAGGAUGUAGCUCUUUGUGUACAUAUUUUAUGUAUCAAUUUUAAUGGUUUGUAUGAAUUCUUUGCUUCUGGAUUCAUCUCCUGGGUUUAAUUUUGAAAUGUAAAAGAAAAUAAAGAAUUGAAAUGGUCUAGAAAAAAUAUCAGCUGCAAAAAAAAAAAGAAAAAGAAAAAAAAUAUAUUGAGAGCUCUGCUGCAAAAGCAGCAUUGAGAACAAAAAAACAAAAACAAAUCUGAACAGCUGAAUAAAGACCAUUUCAACCCCCACCCCCCCAA